AUGGCCUUUUUCGACAGCUGGAGGCCGUGCAAGAGCGACACGGUGGUGGAGAGGCGAGUGGCGACCGCAGCGCCGCGCGACUGGAAGUGGUUCUGCCCCUACAGCCCCCAGUCGCUGCCGCUGGUGCUGCCCAGCGCCGCCGACGCCAGCCAGAUGGUGCUGCCGCUGUUUGGCUCUGCCAGUGCCAGCCCCUCUGGCAGCGGCCUGGCGGCAGCCGCCGACGCAGGGCCCAGCACAAGCGCCGCCGCCGCCGCCAGCAGCCUGAGCAAGGCGGAAGCCAGGGACGUGCUGCUGCAUGCCGGCGGGCCGGUGUGGGGCCUGGACUGGUGCCCUGCCAGCGGCGGCGGCGGCAGCGGCGGCGAGGGCCCAGCGGCAUCAGUGAGAGGGUGCAACUAUCUGGCGGUCAGCUGCCACCCGCUGGGGGCGCAGCAUAAUGUGAUUGGCGCUCUUGUGCAGGCGCCGGCCUGCAUCCAGGUUUGGGAGGUGAGCCACCCGGAGCAGGAGGCGGCGCCGCAGCCGCCACAGCAGCGGCAGCAGCAGCAACAGCAGCAGCAGCAGGCACAGCCGCCGCCGCAGCAGCCGCAGCAGCCGCAGCGCCCGGCAGGCCCGCAGCUGCCGCGGCUGGCGCUGGCGCUGGCGCACGGCGGCGGCCUGUGCUGGCACUGCCAGUGGUGCCCCGACCCUGGGUUGGCAGACAGCCCCACCGACGGCGGCGGCGACGUGCUCCCCAGGCAAGCAGCGGGCUGCGCUGCCGUGCUAGGCUUGGUGGCGGCGGCCCUGGGGGACGGCAGCGUGAAGGUGUGGCCCGUACCGCACCCUCAGGCGGUACAGCAGCUGCGUCCCGCAGCCACCCCCGCUCCUGCCGCCGACCCACUGGUGGUGUCGCUGCCGCCGGUGGCGGCCUGCAGCAGCGCGGCGCUGGGCGGCAGCCUGCCGUGCGUCGUUGAGUGGCUGCCUGCGCCGCCGCACGACCUGCUAGCGGUGGGGUGUUGGGACGGCAGCCUGGCCCUGUUCAAGCUCACCCCCGGGCAACCCCGGCCGCAGCAGAACGGCGGCCUGCAGCCACAGCAGCAGCAGCAGCAGCACCAGCACCAGCAGGUCGACAGCGGCAGCAGCGGCGGCGGCCGUGGCAGCAGCGGCGGCGGCGGCAUGCAUGGCCUGGAGCUUCUGUCGCACUUCUCUGCAGACGCGCUGCCGCUGCGUGCGGUGCGCUGGGUGCCUGCGGCGGCCUGCGGCGGCACCAUCGACAUGCUGCACCGCCACAUCCUCCUCACUGCUGGCCAUGAGGGCUGCCUGCGUGUGUGGGACCUUCGGGACCCCUUCCAGCCGCUCUACUCCCACACCCUCUCCUCCAACUCAACGAUCCUCUCAGGCGCGCCCGGCCUGCCGCUCACUCCACCCCCCCUCCCUGCCCCGCCCCGCCCUCAGCUGCCUGCCGUGCGCCGCCCUUGGACUUGCGACUGGACCAGCCACCCGUUUGGGAUCCUGGUGGCGAUGGAGGAUGCCAGCCUGCGGGGUAUCGUGCUGGACUCAAAUGCCAUCGCCCGCUCGGUAGACUUCGAGAAGAAAGCGAUGUUCAGCAUCAGCUGGCGGGGGCCCAACAUGGGCGCGGUGUGGAGCGUGGCGGUGGUGGCAUAUGGCGGGGAGGACGGUGAGGUGGGAGUGUUUCCCGCCGAGUAUGAAGCCAACUCGCGGCGGCGCGUGCCGCACACGGCGGUGGCAGCGGUGCGGCUGGAGGGCGGCGCGCUGGUGGUGAAGCUGCAGCGUGAGCUGGUCCAGGAGCAUGGGCUGUUCAGCGGCAAGGUCGUCGAGCGCAUGCCCAACUUGAAGGGCGCCCGGCUGCCAGACGAGCAGGAGGCGGUGCAUCGGGUGGCGUGGAGCCGGCACGCGGGCGGCGCCGGCGCCUGGCUCGCCAGCGGCGGCGCUGCGGGGCUGGUUCGCAUACAGUGGAUCCAGAGCAAGGCGCCGCCGCCGCUCCAGGCCCUCACCUUCCGGGUCCAGCCCUCCAGCCUGACCAGCACAGCCACCAGCUUCAGCAGCGGUGAGGCCCCAAGCUUCCCCUGGCCCCAGCCGUCCAUGGCCCAAACCCAGGCGCACCAGCAGCCCCAGGGCGUCUGGGCCUCCUUGUUUGCCACCACGGCCGAGUCGGCGCCAGUGGAGGCCGCUCUCCCACCCGAAAUGGACCGCCUGAUGCGCUUCACUGACGGGCCGGGGGCUGUGGAGCAGGAGGCAGAGGGCAUGCCGCUGCUGGCCCGCCUCUGGCGCUACCAGGGCCCCUGA